CAAAUAAUUUGUUGACAUCGUUGACAUGAACAUGACAUGAAGGGGAAAAACACAUAAAACACUUGUGUUGUUUUGAGUGUUGUUGUUUGAGGGAUUUAUUUAAUCAUCAUACAUUUGAAUAGUUGUCUCAGUUGCUUGAAACCGCAACUAUGCCUGUUUAUUACGAAUGGACAUCAUUGAAGAAAUCAAAACGAUUCAAACAGGAUUCUCCUAGUUUUGCAGUAACCAGUUACCCUCUGAAAACAAAUGUGAUUACAAUUAAAGAGCCUUCCAGCUCCUCCCUUAUUGACCACCUAAAUAAAUGGAGCUCUGGUUUUGAAGAAGUAGACCCAUUGCUGAGAUUUGAACAAAUGAUUGCAGAGGAAGACCUAAAUCCUUUGGAGACAGAAGUUAUUGAAGGGGUUAAUUACACUAAGGCUUGGAAUUCAAGGCGAGCUGGUAUUUUGAAUAAAUACACAACCGGCGAAAAGCUUACUAUUGUCAGUAGCUAUUUGCCAGGUGGAGAAAAAGCUCUUAUUAGACAGGUAUCCAAUUUGAAUGAAAAGGUGAAACACCGAUUGGAACAAUUAGAUGACUUUGAUGAAGGAUCGGUUAGGAAGACAAUGGGAUUAAGUCAACAAGAGUUUGUCACAAAAAUUAACUUACUUAAUGAUGAAAUUAAAAAGGCUUGGGAGACCGAGCAAAGGGUGAAGGCAUUUAAAAUAGGUAUACAGUGUUCAAAACUGUUGUCUGAUAUCAAUGUAAUGCAAUUUUACCCCAGCAAGUUUAUUUUAAUUACUGAUACCCUAGAUACAUUUGGUAAUCUGGUGUUCAAUCGUCUUAAAGAAAAAAGUUUUGGGAACAAUAAUUUAAUGACUAUACACAAUAUUGACCCAAGAACAGUGCCUGAAUCAGCAAAGGAGACAUGUCAGAACUGGAUGUACAAAAUGGCGUCGAUCAGAGAAUUGCUGCCUCGGCUGUAUAUGGAGAUGGCUUUGUUGAAAUGUUACGUCUUUAUAUCCAGAGAUGAAAUAAAACCCGCCAUCAAAAGACUUACGACAAUGAUUAGAGGAAUAGGAAAUCCCUUGGUGGCUAUUUAUUUACGCGUAUAUUUGUGCCACACCGCUUCUAAACUUUUAGGAAAAGAUAGUGAAGGAUAUUUUUAUGAAAAUUUGAAGGAAUUUAUUGAGGAAUAUCAGCAGAUAUUCUUAACUUCAAUGAGGAAAAAAUAUGAAACACAGUUACUAACACAAGACAAGUAUUUAAAUCUUUUUGUACCAGCUUUGGAUUGGCUGUUAUUUGGGACACUGAAUUCUAAUAAAUGUAAAAGUGAUCUAUUGGAUGAAUUCAUACAAAAAUGUGAAGAAAUCGAAAACAAUGAAUUGUUUUUAUGUUGUCUUGUAUCUGCAUUUGACUCUCCAACAAUAAUUAAGAAGGCCCCAAAGAUUCUGGAAAUGGUACACAGUUAUGCUGAUAAAAUGGUCAUGAUGAACGAAGUAUUGGCGUCUCUGGGUGAGCACCUCUGCAAAGCCGACACUCAUCGCCAGAUAGCGACCGAGUCACUAAUACAGACGUGGUGGAAAAUUGCCAGCAACAUGAAGUCCACCAACAACUUCCUACAAGUUCUAGAACCAUGGCUUCAGUUUGCAUGCACACAUUUAUCGACGCAGCAUGUGAACGUCAUAUUGCGCGGGACGAUACGCUACAUGAUCAAGUGCGGUAAGCCCGCCGACGAGUUCUCUGGAAACUUCCAGUUCGUUAUCAAAAGAAUGCUCAAGUCUAUCCCUGAUGUUGAAGAACUGUUCUUGAUGGACGCCUUCAUGCCGCUGUUGGAGUUGGUACAAACAUCGAACGCCCGCACGAUGUUGGCUAAAACUGUUUUGUCUAUAUUCUUCUCGCGAUACAACUCGGUGCAAAUUGAAGACCAUAUCGUCAUCUCAAGUCUAAUGAGGCUAUGCUGUAUACUUCACGAUUCUAUAAAUGCGGUAACAGUUGAGGAUGAAAGUAAAAUUUGCGGCGAAUUAAUCAAUAAGUUUAUACAAGCCGUGACAUAUCAAGAUGAUCUCGAGAGACAGCUGAAUUUCUAUGUGGAGUGCCGCUCCUCAUUCAUCAAAUUGGACACCGUUCUCAUUACUCUAGUUCAUGCUGUGAACACAUUAGCGGCGCGUGCGAAAUCUACGCGUGGCAAGUGGUUGCAGCGCGCUUGUGCUGCGUAUUGCUUUGUGACCGUGCCUUCCCUACACUGUACGCUCACCAAAACUCAGCUGUACCUUCUGUCAGGGCAAGUCGCACUCCUCAACAACUGUAUUGGGCAAGCGGAAGCAAAUUUUAAGGCUCUCAUUGGUCUGAUCCCUGAUAUACCAGAUUACAUAUUAGAAGAUGGACAGAAGAAACCAACUCAUUUUAAAGUCGCAGGCAUUCUGAGUGACUUCUUGUCGACGUUAUUAUUGCUGCCUGACAAUGUGGAUAGCAACUGUAAAGCUUACAUACUGACUGGGUUUAUAAAGACGAUGGAGAGAAUAUAUUGGAAGAAAACCGAGCCUCUAUAUUACAACACCCUACUUCGGACGUUGGACCUGCUCUGUGAAAUGACGCAGGACACCUACAUUCACCAUUUGGAAUCAGUACUCUCAAAUGACCAACUAUAUGGAAGUGAUCCAGAAUUCAUAAGUGUACUAGACAGGCACGCAACAAACAUUUGUCAGGAGUUGCUGGUUGUUCUGAAGAUGCUGGGCGAUAACAGGGAGACUAAGAAACAGUACAAUUUGUCUCUUGAGCUGUUCUGGCGGGUGGUGAGGCGCGGGGAGUUAAACGAACGCCCCAUGCUAUCUCUCGCGGCUAACCUGUGGAUGCUAUCGCAAAAAACGCAAGACUCCAACAAUAAACUUGGGAAAUCAAUCCUCGCUUCAUUGAAAAACGAAACAAACCCCAAUAUACACGUUUUACUUCAAAAACUGGAAGAAGGAUCAAAAAGUACCUAAUUUUAAGACCUUAGUUGGUGCUAUUCAAGAUUUGUAGCGUUUGUAAAGUGUCUCGAUUACUUUAAGCAGUUUUUGUAACGACUGUUUUUUGCUGUAGUAGUUAGCUUCAGUGAAAUUAGUACACUACUUAUAUCUAUGGCUCUUUCGAAAGAUUUGCACUAAAUAUCUAUUUUCUAUGAAUCUGGCGUCAUAGUGAUAUCGCCCAAUAUUGUAAAAGAAGUUUUGUAAUUACUUUAAUUACCGUUAAUUUCAUAACAAUUGAGAAAUCUCGGUUCAAUGGUUUACGUUAUCGUUGUUUAUUUUUAGAGUAUAAGAGUUUAUUUCAAUCAUUCCGUUAAUAUAUUGUGUUUACUUAUGUUUUAUUUUCUUAGAAUAUUUAUAAUGAAAUGUAUUACAGGUGCUCUGUGUAUACAUAUGGUCACUGCCAAUUAAAAAAUAAAUAAUACAUGUCCCUUUA